ACAAAAUCUUCAAGUUUUCCUUCGUCUUGUCUCGUCGUGUGCGUACAAAAAAUAAAAGAAAGAGAAUCCCGUAAUAAUAUUACAAAAAAACCUAAAUGCUGCAUUGAAUAUUUGACAUUGUAUUUAUUAGUGGUUUCAGGCUACUAGUAGUUAUGAUUAAAACAGUGUGGUGAUAAAUGAGAAGUGACAAAGUGCAUCGUUGAUCAUAUUAUAAUAAAAUGCGUUGUUUUGUAUAUUAGCUAAAAACGAAGAACUGAGGAAUCAUGUUUCGCAGUCGAAGUUGGUUUGGCGGUGCAUGGGGAAGGCCCAAGAACCCUCAUUCUUUAGAAAGAUUGAAGUAUUUACAUAAUAUCCUCUGCAAGAAUACUACUGUGUCUGAAAGUAAUCGGGGCACUUUGGUGGAAUCAUUGAGGUGUAUUGCGGAAAUAUUGAUAUGGGGAGAUCAAAAUGACAGCUCAGUAUUUGAUUUCUUUUUGGAGAAAAACAUGCUAUCAUACUUCUUGAAAAUUAUGAGACAAAAGUGUGGAGGUUCGUCUUUUGUGUGCGUGCAAUUGCUCCAAACAUUGAACAUCCUUUUCGAAAACAUAAGAAAUGAAACAUCACUAUAUUAUUUAUUGAGUAACAAUCAUGUUAACUCAAUAAUAGUCCACAAAUUUGAUUUUUCUGAUGAAGAAGUGAUGGCAUAUUACAUAUCCUUCUUGAAAACUCUGAGCUUAAAAUUGAAUAACCACACUAUACACUUCUUUUAUAAUGAGCACACCAAAGAUUUUCCUCUUUACACUGAAGCAAUUAAAUUCUUCAACCACAGUGAAUCCAUGGUUCGUAUUGCAGUUCGGACUCUCACAUUGAAUGUUUACAGAGUUCAAGAUGCAAGCAUGUUAAGAUUUAUCAGAGACAGGACUGCUGCACCAUACUUCAGCAAUUUAGUUUGGUUUAUCGGCAAACACAUAUUGGAAUUGGAUGCAUGCGUCAGAAAUGACGCUGAUCACCAAUCUCAACAAAAACUAGAUGAUUUAGUAGCAGAACACUUAGACCAUUUACAUUACAUAAAUGAUAUCCUUUGCUUGAAUAUACCGGAUCUAAAUGACGUAUUGACGGAGCAUCUAUUGCAUAAACUACUUGUUCCCCUUUAUAUUUACUCCUUGACAUCGGAAUCGACGAGACGAUUACCAACCUCAUCCCCAUACAACAGAGACCACAUACAGAGCAUUGAAGCCAUCACAAGGAACUUAGAAGCCAUUUUAAAAGGAAAAAAAACCGACCACUCGCCUACUAGAAUGACUUUCACCAGACACAGGGUUGAAAUAGACGAUGAGUCAAAACCGUCAGUAUCAUGUGUAGUCUCCUUAUUUCUGUUGUCACAAGUUUUCCUUAUAAUAACCCAUGGACCAAUCGUGCAUGCGUUAGCAUGGAUUAUAUUACAAUCAGAUUUAUCAGUGUUUGAAGAUGGUGCCACGAAGAUACUCGAAAUGUAUAUAAGCAAUGCUAAAUCGAAUUUCAAAUUGGAAUUCUCGAAGCCCCAAAUGAGCUUAGAAAAAGCAUUAGAAAAUAACUCUGGUCACGAAAGAGAUUACACUACCCCAGAAUACGGCGGUCCAAAGCCUUUUGGGUAUGAGGAUAAGGAUACGGACCAAUCUAGCUGUGAUCUCGAUCCCGAAUUAGUGUCGACCUCUUUGCCGUCCACGUCGCAUAUUAGCGAGACCUCCAGUAUAGCGCAUGACUCCACCGAAGACUUAGUGACGCAGAUACAGUCGAUAAAAUCAAACGCCACUGUAAAAGAAAACAUGCCUGAUUCUCCGUUACCCGAUUCUGGUAUAGACUCGAGUUCGUCCAAAACUGUUCCAGAAUUAAACAAUAUAACGGAUGAAGAGAAACAGAAGCUUCUUGGAGUGACGUCCACUGCGGUAUCGGAAAGAUCUAUGACGUUAGAGACAAUAUUGGAGAGAGAGAAUAGAGAAAUAGAAAAAAGGCCUUUCCUGAAAACUAUUUUAGACUCAUUGGAUUGCAGCGAAAACGAUUACAAAGCGCUGUUUGCCUUAUGUUUACUUUUUGCGCUAAUAAAUAACAAAGGUGUGAACACGGAAUUGUUGGACACUUUAUUAUGCCCAGAGAUAGAAGGAAAUUCAAACGAAUCGAACAGGCCCGGAAGUAGCCAAACAGAGGCUACUGAAUUAAGAAGCGAACAAAAUACGCCGACCCCAUCGCAUUCAAGGCAACAAAUGCAGAGUUUCAACACACUACUCAUUUCGAAACUGAUGGCCAUCGCAAACUUGAGUUGUAAACCAGCGUCCAGAGUCCGCCUAGUGACAUUAGAGUUGAGCGUUACUUUAGUCCGUAUCGCGAUGCAAGGUGCCAGCGGAGUCGCCGGCGCCCGCCACAUUGCGUCCACGGAAGCGCUACGAAGCCGCGCGGCUGCACUCGCAAGAAACUUCUACAAAUGCGAUGACAUCUUUCUGGAUAUGUUCGAAGAUGAGUAUUGCGAGAUGAGCAAACGCCCCUUGAACGUGGAGUGGCUGUGUAUGGAUGCGGCGAUACUGUUGCCGCCUACGCGAACCCCAAUGUCUGGCAUCGCCUUUGCGAAACGAUUGCCCAGUGGAGAGAUGGAGAGAGCAAGGCGAGCUAUAAGAACAUUUUUCCUCAUACGUGAUUUGUACCUAAAGUUAACUGGCAAACAAGAAACUCAGUUACCGCUGACCAAUCCAGUGCCCUUUGUGCAAGUUGGAGAUGUUUUGGACCUAAAUGAUUCUGAUCUCAUAUCGUGCGACAUAAUCCAAAAGGACGGCACUUGGCACCAUCGCUUCUUGGCAGUCGAUAACAUACAGAUAAUCCUAGUGGAGCCCGACAAACAGAGGCUUGGAUGGGGAGUGGCGAAGCUAGUUGGCAGCUUACAAGACUUGGAGAUACAAGGUGACAAAGAGGAUCCUCGGUGCCUCCACCUCACUAUUCACAAGCCCCGUGUGGGUGCAAGUGGAGCGUUACCAAGGACAGUUCUACUAAGGGCCAAGUUCAAAUUCGACGAUCAUAUACGCAGUAUGGCGGCUAAACAAAGACUCACCAAGGGUCGCACAAAAUCGCGGCAGAAGAAAAUGCAGCAGAUCGGGCGUCUUCUAGAAGUUUCUGGGGUUUCUGCGCCGGCUCUCGCGCCUCGACACCGCCCACUGUUCUCUCGCCCGGGACUGACUGCUAUCAGAAGGUCUACGGGUACCGACGGCGAUGAAAGCGAUCGUCGCUUGCGCAGACCAAGCGCGCACAUGCUCAAAGACGGCAUAGUCGUUUAUAGAGAGCGGACUACUAGCCGGGAGAGGUUAGUCAACGGGUUGCUCAAUUUUAGUCUAUCAAGAAGCAGUAGCACACAUGGAUCUAGAGAGGCAUCGCCACGUGCGCGAUCCGAAGAGAUCCCCUUAGAAGAUAUUAGGAGGAAUGCCGCAAAAGCGUCGACUAAGCCCGUAGUUGCAGUAACGCAGUCUCAACCUAGUACGUCGACCCCUAUACCUAAGAUGGCCGCCAGUUCUUCAGAAGAGACCUCCUUUAUUUCAGGCGAACCUCGUCCGAAACGCAAGGGUCUAAUCGAGACUAUUUGAUAUUAGCUCAAUAACACCUAGAAACAUAUAAGGUAAAGUCAUGACAUCAUAAUCUGAACUCUAUUUAUGUAGAAAAAAAGGUUAAAAUAAAAUGACGGACGCUUUGAAAAAGCUUAGGUAUGAGUGAAUAUUGCUGCGUUUAUAAGAAUGAAUUAAUCAUGAAUAUAAAUGAAAAGAGCUGUAGUAAGAUACGAAUUAUUAUCACCGAAGUUUGUGCCAGAAAGUAAUAGGAAUUGUUUAAAUGAAUAAUGUAGAAAGUAAUUUAACGUAAAAUAUUGUUCUAAUAUAAAAAAAAAGUACUUUACUAUGCCAUAUUUUAUAAUUGGUAUUCUUAAACAGUGAAUGCCAAUAAAAAAGAAUCUAUAAAAUAAAUAAUAAUAUUUUAUUAAUUUGUUUAGUACAUACAAUAAUAAAUUAGUAUAUUUUCAAAAUUCCGUAUUAAACAUUCGUUUUAAAUCGCCAAAUUUGUUACUUACACAUAUUACGUGAAUCGCUUAAAUUGACUCAUGAUAUUUUUACGAAAUAUUGCCCCUUUUUAGUACGCUUUGGUGCAAUCCAUAACAAAAUUAUUUUAACAAAAACAAAUAAAUUAACAACUUGUCCUAAUAUUCAAUCCUUUGUGAUUUAUUUGCUGUGUUUAACAUUUAAUUAAGUAUUAUAUUAAGACAAAAAUAGUAGUCUUGAAACUGAUAAUAAUAAGUUUUAACAAUAAUGUAUUUUUUUAUAAUUUCUUUGUAGUUAGUGAAUAAAAUAUAUUUAUAUUAACUCGAAAAAUAUUUAUUUUUUAAUUUAGUUCUCAUGGAAUCGCCGUCCAUUCAUUUAAUAUUACUGUCUAUUAUAUAAUGGAAAAAAGUUACUAUUCCCUUAAAACUGUUGCACCGUGUUUAAAUUUACUAAGUACAUUUUUUUUCUUUUUGUAUUUCGUAGCAUACUAAUAACAAAUAGAAUAAAUAACAUGUCAUACAUAAAAUAAGAUUGAUAGUAGGUAUAUAGUUAGGUGUAGAAUAUAAUGAAUGUUGAAUAAUUGUAAAUGAACGAUAUUUUUAUAAAGAUGUCUAGGGUUCUCUAGUAACGUCCGGAUUUUCCUGUACUAUACUAAUAAGGGGACUUUUUAAGUUGAAAUUAAAAUACUGUUGAAAUGAUAAAACGACCCGUUACCUAUUGUUCUAAAUGAUUUUUCGGCGUUUUUUUUUUGAGUAAUUUGUAAAUGAAAUAUUUUAAAUGAUAUUUUAAGUUCUAUGUUCGAAAAGUAAAAUAAUUACUGUUCCUAUCAUCAUAGAUCACCAAAAGUUUUAUAUACACCGUGUUCCUGAGGAUAUACAUUAACUUUGAAUAAUACUUCUAUAGCUCUUGUUAAACAUAUCGUACAAGGAAAGGAGUAGUUUAAAUAGCAUACUUUUUAAGUUAUUGGUAAUUUAAGUUUAACCAACUUAAUUGUGUUGUGCAGUGAGAAAGUCUUUAUCUGUGAGAUGUUGCCACUUUGUGCAACCAAAACUACCAAACUGUCAACUCUUUGUCAAUGGUCAUUAAGUCAUAGUUUCAAAAGUCAAAAUUAUAAAAAAAUAUUGUUGACGUCAAGAAAAGUUUCAAAAAGUUUAUGUGGACAUGUGAACCAAAGUUUCAAAUGCGACGUUGCCAGCUCAGGUAAAGAGUAAUUCAUAUUAGAUAAAUUACAUCUAACCAUUUAGUUUGUAUGAAAAUAAAAAAUGUUAAAGAAAUUGGAAUUCAUAAAAGUGUCCAUAAUAAAAAAUGAUCAAUUUAAUAGUCUGAAUAACAUGCCAAAGUUAGUGUAUAACCUCAGGAACACGGUGUAUAGUACAAGCCUGAACAAAAAAACUAUAGUCUACGUCGCAGCGACGACACUCUUUAUAGUGGUCAUAUAAACAUAUAAUUUGAUAUCAUAAUAUUAAAAGAAACGGUUCAAAUUUAUAUGGAGGGUGGUAGUAAGUCUCCGGCAGAUUACAAUUUUUUGUGAGAUAUAGUGCAUUUAAUUGUAAAUCGUUUGUCAAAAAACUAGAAUUAUAUCUCCGUUUUUUUAAAUUAAUUAUUAUAGUGUUAUCGUUUGUGGCAUGAUUCUCCAAACCCUUAACUUAAAUUUGACAACAGUAUAUCCUUUUCAUGUCUAUAGAAAAUGAAAAGGAGAUACUGAUGUUCGAUUUAGUUUUGAGUCACUAGCGGCCGCCUUCGUACGCGUAGCGUUCGUUAGAAAUAAAGGUUCUCUGCUCGUUCCCCGUAGGUGAUAGUGUGAUAAUAUGUAGUAGUAGCCUUUAACCCGAUUUCUUAAUGCAGUUCUAUUUGAGUUUAUCCCGGACAUACAUACAGACAAAAAUUCUAAAAACUAUAUUUUUGGCUUCGGUAUCGAUUGUAGAUCACACCUCAUGUAUUAUUUUAAAAAAAUAUUCAAUGUACAGUUUGACUUUCCUACCAUUUUAUUAUAUCUAUGAGCCUAUUUUAAAAUUAUUGAUUGGCGAAUUGCAAGUUUAUUUACCAUUUUUUUGUUGCCAAAUAUGAUCAUAUAUAUGAUUGACACCUGCCAUAGUGAUUGAAUUGACGUUAUAAGCUGCCACACACUAAAAAUAUGACGUUAAUUAUGACAGGGUGUCCAUGACAGGGUGGGUGAAAGUAUCUGUUCAUGUUAUAGAAAAAAAACAAGCUUUCAAAUGAUAUAUGUUUCAUCGAUGCCGGAAACCGACUACCACAUUUCUGUCCAUCAACCAUCUCCUUUGUCUAAUAUAUUGACGUUUCGUUUUUAUUACUUUCAGUAGGUGCGUAGUCCUUAAGUUAGAUAGAAACUAAAAAAUAUCUUUGUGAGGUCGCCUUACGGAAAUGAAGUUUAUUUUAGUUGACAAUGAUAAAUUUUAAUAGUACGCUCUAGUAAUAUGGUUUAUUUCACACGUAAUUGGUACUAACCAUGCAUGAUCUUAUUAAUAAAACUAAAACUUUGGAUACAUAGCGAAAAAUUGUAACACUUUAUAGUAAGUACAUAAUAUUCUUAAACCUGUCUAGACUUCAUUUAUAAAAUGAAAUCUCAAUGUAAUUAUUUAAAUAGUAUUUAUGUCUUAGUGGAAUAUUUACAUUUAUUACUUUUAUUCUAUUAUUCUAAACGCACCAUUUGGUUGUUUAAAUUUGUAAUUAAAUAUUAUACUAAAUUUUUGACAUAUUUAAAUAAAUAAAAUUAUUGGUAUAUAUUUUUAUUUGUAUGUGCUGAUUAUGAAAAUUAUUAUAAUGUGGGUAAUCAGUCUUACCACAGUCUAGAUACAUAAACACUGUUUCUCGUUGUACCUACACACCGAUAUGUACUAGACUAGAUAAUAAAAGUGAAAUUGGAUAGCAUUUGAAAAAAACUGCCCAACUUUGAGGCUGACUGUACCAAUUCUGAUCUCAUAUUGUCUCGAGUAGAGCCCUUUUAUUCUAUGUUAAUAAAGUAAAAAAUUUUGGAAUGAAAAUUGGAUUACGCUGCGAUGUUGAUGUAAUUCUAGGUUUCAGUGAGGUUUCCUUGGUGUAUGUUUUGGAUGCGUAUCGCCUUUCCUUAUGUUGUGAUUUUAUUUAAGAUUUGCAAUAAUUAAUUCUUCUAAAUAUUUUUACUAUGUGUAUAGACAUCAAGAGACAUUAUUGUAGAGUUGAAAUGGAAAAUAUAUCACAUGUUACAUUUAUUUAUGUAGUUUUGUUUAUAACAUGCCCAAAAUGCUACACUUUAAUUAUAAAUAACGGACGUUACAAACCUUAGUUUUUCUAACCUUAUAAUUACUAUGAUCUGAUACUACGCAUCCAGAUCGCAUAAUGAGUAUAUAUACUGACCUAAAUACACCGAGUCCACUAACUAUUAAUAUUCAAGUUAAAUUACCCUAUUGAUUGAAGUCUAAGUCUGCGUCUUGGUAUACAUAACCUAUUUACGCAACAAAUUCAAGGGUACUACCUACGUGACCGCUUGUGUGACUUUUUAGGCGCGCCUAAUGAUUAAAGAAGAUUUUUGUGACAAAAAUAAAACUGUUAAACGACGGUCCCUGCCAGUGACUAUUGAACUAACUCCAAAAUUGUUUGCACUUUCUCACUGUAAGCGGUUUUGCAAUUUUAAACUUUAUAUACACACUUAAAAGACUAGUAUUGCCCGCGCAGUAUUCGCGGCCGCCUGAGCAGUCACACGGCUGCGCGCGAUGCCGCUUGCUCGCGAACAUUUUCAUGCGAUACUGGUUAUGUAGCUAGAUAACGUUAAAAAGAAAACACACUGCUAUCAGUGAGAAAGUGCUCAAAACGAUUGCUCAAAAACAAACGUUUCAUGAAUAUGAGCCGUAGAGCUUUAUGUAAUAAAACCAGGGUUGUUGAAAAUAAAACCAUUGUUUCAACUAUAUUUUCAUUCUAAUUUUAUUUGAUUAAUCAUCUGCUCUAUACACAUGAUAUGCACCAAUGCCUAUAAAUUAUACAAACGAUGUAAUGAACCGUACGAGGUAUGACACAAAAUUAUUUAACACACAACGAAACAAUAUUACGAUCCAUUGCUCUUUCAUCACCAAUGAUUUUAACUAUAUAAAAUCUAUUUUAAUAACUUUCAGACAACGUCUUUGAGCGCAUACGCAUACUUCGCCACGCAACAACAAAUUAUAUUAAUUUAUUUUUUUAAAUAAUUUUUUUUAUCUCACUUCGUUCAACACUUUUAAACAACAUUUAAAUCACAGUGCUCCGUAUAAUUAUUAUUCUGUACAUGUACAACUUAGGUACAACCUACAAUGAAGUUACACAAGAAAUUUCGAUGUAAAUAAUUAAUAGUAAACUGCUGUUAGGAAAAAAGGCGAAAUAACUAUAUAGAGCGCUUUACCCAUGGCACCGUAUCCAUUCCACAUUAUGUUUGCGAGUGAAAUUAUUGAACGAAUUUAUAUUAACUAUCUGUAUAAAAGUAUUUGUAUAGUUAGUUAUAUUACACACUAGCAAUGAAAGAAAUAUAUUACAGUUAAAUAUAAAUUAUUCUUAACGUAGCGAAUGUGACAUACUUACAUUGUAAUUUGGUCGGCGCAACUUAUAAAGUACUCAGUAAAUGUAGGCAUCAAUAGCAAAUAUUUUGGAACAUUGAGUAACAACUAAUGUCUUACUUUCGCCAAUUAUUGUACACUUAAAGAAUUUAAAAAAAUGCGUCUUCAUUUAGCUUUAACAGAGACGCUAACGCUGCAUUCAUAAAAGUCAACUAAACUCACAGUGAUAGCGUCGACUUUAAUCAAAAUUAUUGAUGUUUCCGACUCUGUUACAAAAUUAAAUGUGUCUCAUAUCGGUAAUUAAGUAUUUUUACAAAGAACUCCACACAAAGAUGACUCUAAGACGCAUUUUUACUUAAAACUAUGAACAGCUAAUACUUUGCUAUGUAAAGUUAAAAUAAUCUCUAAGUAUAAUAUUACAACCAAAUUAUUAGUAAUAAUUUUAUAUUUUUGUGUCUUCACAAGCAUUUUGAUAGAUAGUUGUGUUGUUUUUUGUACCAAUAAUAAUAUCUUUACGCAUGGAUCUUAGUAAUUUGCAGUUAUUCACACGAUAAACCGAAUAAAUAUUGUAAUUUCCACAAUUAACUUUAUUACGAUAACGACAGCAAUGAAUUGUGAUGACAAUAAAAAAAAAUGGUAUGAUAGUCAUAAUUGUUGUAUAUCAUUGUUAUUGUCCAUUGUAUUGAUCUUUAACAGGAUAUUUUUUCAUAGGUCAGGGCCAAUCAAAGAAAUCUGAUUUCAUGUAGCUACACUACAGCAAGCAACAAGUUAUCCAAAACUGUGUCUAAAUGGAGCUUUUAUCUUGUUUGACAUGAGAUUCAGAAUCGACUAAGAAAAUAUAAUGCUGCAAAGUAAGAUCCAUAUUCUUACAGAUACAUGCCAUGCUGUGAUUUCCAAAAAAGGAACCUUAGGCCUUACACUUACGUUCUAAAAUAAAUUUAACUAUAGAAUUAGCGUAACUUAUAAGCACUUUUAAGGAAACACGUAUAUAGAAGCUUUGACGAUGCAAGCUUGUCUGGAAGCACAUAUGCGCGAAACUCUUAAAGUAAUAUAACUUAUUAGCAACAUACAUAGUAGAAUUUAAGUUUAGCACAAUUCUACAGAAAAUAAGCAAAUAAUUUUCAGAAUAAUUAAUCACACACAAUAGCGUACUGUAUUGCUAAAAGUAUUGUCAUGAAAUUCAUUAUUAGUUCAUAGAAAGCUUUAUAAAUAAAGCGUUGAAUGAAGUAACUUUGAACUUUAGUAAAUGUGUCUAGUAUUUAUGAAGUCCGUGUUUUUCUGACGCUCGAGUUAUCUCUUAAGUAAAAAUAGAGACUAUAUAUUAACGUAUUACCGAUUCAUUGUACCUACCACACACUAAACACUAAAAAUUAAGUAUAUCUUAGUUAGAAGAAACAAAAAUAGAUUUAAUAUUAAACAUAUGAAAAACGUUAUAAAAUAUUAGAUGUAAAUACGGUUUUGUCUCCAUAAACUGUGUUUUUUUUUAAUAAUGGUAAAGCUUACUUCUCCCAUGCUGAUUUCUAUUAUUUUCAUAAACUUAAAAGAUGAUCUUAAAUUAAAAUUGAGCACCGUGCAAUAGAACAGCGCCAUCUCAUGGAAUACGCAGUAAACCAUUGUAAUUUUAUUCUAAAAACUAUGUAGGUGUAGGUAUGUAUGUUUAGUUAAAAGCUAGUGAGACUAAGUAUACGGACCUAGUCUGCAAAAAAUAAUAAAGUAAAAAUGUAUGAAUCCAAAUUUUGAAAUUGAUUGAAAUGCAUUAAAAUUAUUAAAUGCUUAAAGUUAAUAGUUCCCAUAAAAAACCGCUACAUAAUAUUCUCAAUCAUGUAUAAUAAUUUAUAACGAAUAAAUAUAUAUAAGAAUGGUGCCUAGGUAUAAAAAGGUAAUGCAGGUUUCAAUGUUAAAUAUUUUUAUCUAUUAUUAUUUUCUAUAUAUACGCAGACGAUAAAGACGAGGUGCUUUCACUUUCGGAUUUGUUCGAACCUAUGUAUUAAUGAAUUUUAAAAGAUCUCCUGGAAAUAAAUUGAAAUAAAACACACACAAACCUAUUAUUUGAAGAAGAAAACGUAAUUGAUCAUUACCAAAAGUCUCGCAAUAGGGUAUAAGACAAGUUUAAAAAAACGUCUUUACGUCAUUUACUAAUGUUUAUGGAGUCCAUAAAAAGUGAUUUUUAUAAUCUGUUUUGCAACUCAGUAAAAACCUUAUUUAAAUUUUAAUUUUCAAGUUGCCGCGAAAACGUUUCUCUGGACAUUAUGGCGUCUCACUAGUGUGUGACGUCACAUGAUUGUCACUGUCACGUUUUUGAUCACGUGACCAUGUAACUAUAAAAUAUUUUCUAUUUAAUAAGUUUACAGAAAAGUUAUUAAUUAUCUGUUCUUUCAGAAUAGUAAAAUCGCUGCUAAUAUUCAUAUUAAAUACAAUUGCUAACAAUUGGUAUAUAAUUUUUCAUAUUGUCAAAUAACCUAUUGCAAUGAUUUUAAAAAUACAUAAAUCGUGUAUAGUCUACUCGGAAUUAGUAGUUUAGUUUUUAUUAACAUAAAGUUAAAUAAAUCCUUCAUCGGACGAGAACUCAAAAAAGUAUCGUGUGAUCCCAAUGAAACUAUUAAUAAAAUCGAUUAUAUUAUAAUUAGCACGUUACUUACGUCUCGUCUGCAAUAAUUUUCAAAAAUAAAUUAACCCUGUUACCAGUUUAUGUGCGCUUCGAUCGUACAAGCAACAGUUCUAUUACAUACAAUUUUGUAUAAAUAUAGAAAUGUAAAUAAAUUAUUAAAAAUUUUGAAACGACUUCCUAAGUACAAAAUGUUCCUUUUUAAAUAUUUUACUUUUCUUAAAAGUAAUUUUAACGAUUAGCAGAUGAUGGACACACAUUGUUUUUUUGUUAACUGAUAAAAUCCAAUAAAUGGGAUGUCAGGUGUCUUGUGAUCAAUUAUGUAUUAAUUUAUACAAAGUAAUAUCGUCACACAAGCCAGUAAGUCUAAACGAAGCUCAUAUUUUCUCUUAACAUCUAUUUAUGUCAGAUAUACUUAGGUAACUUUACUCUCGAGAAUUUGUAAUAACAUUUAGAUUUUUGAAUAUUUUUUUUUGUAUUUAGUAAUUUAUAGACUACACGGACAAUAUUACUGAUUCCUUUAUGUUUACAAUUCCUAUAACAGUUAUGUAUGUAAGAAUGCGUUACAUUUAGGAACUACUUUAAUGCUGUUUACACACAAAACAAUUUCUAUUUUAUAAGUAUAUGAAACUUUAUAUAAAAAUAUUACGUAUAUUUUGAGUGUUUGUAAAAUGUGUUUGUUGAAGCAUUGCUAUACUGUAUGUCAACAUUUAGAAAUCUUCCAUUUAAAUUUAUUAAGUUACUACUCCUUUAUGUAUGUAGAGUUAAUAUGGAAAUUAAGACAAACCUGAGAACCUUACCUCGAAAAUAAUAAAUGAGUAAUUGACCAUUCUUACAUUUAAAUAAUACAAAAUAACUACUUUUAUUCUGAUUACAAAGGUAUAAUUGACAAAAACUAAUCAAAACCUCUGUUUCGUCACAUAGAAACUUAAUUUCGAAGUGUUACCAUUAUUUAAAACACUUUACUCUCAAAGUGUUGUCAUAAAUAUCGUAUUCUAGCUAAAAUCUGCAGUUAUACACUUUAAUAUUUCACUACUAAAGGUGCAAAUAUUUUCUAAAAUAUAUAGUAUAUUUAUAAACAGUAUGUUAUUAUAUUGUGCCAUAUACAACGCACGUG